AUGGCCAAUGCUGACAGGGAGGUGGAGCAGGCAGGUGUGUCUGACUUGGAGAUCAUCUCUCAGCCUGUGGAGGACGAGAACCAGUGCUUGGCUCCUCCAGUGCAGCUGCUGAGUUUUGGCUACAGGGACCUGCCUCUCACAGCUUUGGAUGUGUCGCUGGCUGGAUCACAGCUUCUCUCCAAUGCAGACGAAGAUGAGAACAGGGAGGGGUCAAACUGGCUGAAGCCGUGCUGUGGCCAUCGUGUCGCUGUAUGGCAGGUCUGUCUGCUGAGUGCUGGCUUCAACUGUGUCUUAGUGGCCUGUGUCAUCCUGGUGGUGCUCUUUCUGUCUCUGGAGUUACUCAUAGACACCAAACUUCUACAAUUUUCCAAUGCUUUUCAAUUUGCCAGCAUUAUCCACUGGAUUAGCCUUAUUAUUCUUUCACUCUUCUUUUCAGAGACUGUCUUCAGAAUAAUAGUGCUGGGUAUCUGGGACUACAUAGAGAACAAAGUAGAGGUAUUUGAUGGUGCGGUCAUUGUACUCUCUCUGGCUCCUAUGGUGGCCUCCACAGUGGCCAAUGGACCCAGCAGCCCCUGGGACGCCAUCAGCCUCAUCAUCACCCUGCGCAUAUGGAGAGUCAAGAGGAUCAUCGAUGCGUAUGUGCUACAAGUCAAAGUUGAGAUGGAGCUGGAGAUCCAGCAGUGUGAGAAAACCAAAGCAGUGAGAGAGGAGCAGCUGGAGCGGCUCACUCAGAUCUGCCAGGAACAGGCUUUUGAGAUCAGGCAGUUGAGGGCACAUUUGGCGCAGCAGGACUUGGAUCUGGCAGCAGAGCGAGAAGCAGCCAUGCAGAUCCACCAUGUCUGGGGCAAACAGGGGAGAAACUUUAAAGUUGUGGAGGGCAUGACUCCUGGGGAGUAUGAGGAUGAAGGCAGCCACCGAAACCCCAGGGAGCCACAUGCAACAACAGAUCCAGUUGUACGUGAUGAUAUGAACAACUAUAUCAGCCAAUAUUACAGUGAAGCCAGCAGUGAAGCUGGUGCAUCAGGUGCCGGCGUGCGGGUCAUUACUACUGCAGCCAUUGACGUUCACCUACCCACAACCCCCCAUCCCAUUCAGUCCAACCCAAUGCUGGCCAUGGAGCGGGUUGGCAGUGCCCUGAGUGACAUUUCCACCAGCAUAUCACGUUCCAGCGGCAGUCUGACAGCCCGCCCCCUCAGUCUGAGCAGCCACACUCCAGGAUCCUCGCUGACAGACUGUAGCAGCAGCACAGCCCAGGACCUGAGCCUGAACUACAGCUCUGUGCGCUGUGCCCCCCCUGCCUUCCCCGGGCCGGACUCCCGCAGGGACCCCAGUGCUGUGGUACAGGAGCUGCUUUCCUCUCUCUCUGAGGACUCCUGUCGCACUCAGAAAAGUCUGGACCCUGUCAACCUUAAGCUUCCCAGUCCUACAGGGUCCGAAAAAGCCAGUCCUGAGUUGGACCACAGAAUAAACCUGUUCAAUCGCAGGAACCAGGAGGAACGGAGAGGGCGGGGUAGAGGCAGUGGUCCACUACAGACUAAGCCUCUGAUUCACCUGCAGGGCGGCAGCACUGAGCUCUCUUUGGAGGAGAAGUAUAGGCUCCUGGGUCCCUCUGACACCCCUUUGGGUCACAUGCCUGAUACAUAGGCUGCAUCCGCCCAGGAGAAGAGGCCUCUGAUGCUAUUAACUUGGACGGACCGCACACAUUAUACAUGGUAUUCUGUUCUUUCUGCGUAAAAUCCACUCUUGGUCAUAUAAGACCAAGUUUUGAUUUUACACAUAUCAUACAGUAUAAGUGAUAAUGGACUCUUCCCACCUGCUUUGAUAAAAAUCCAUGGUGCAUCUGAAACAAAUGCCCAUAAAUAGCACAAAGGAGACAACCCCAUUUGAAUGCACUGUUGUACACUCUCUUUCAGGAAUUAAUGAAAUGGUCCUAAAUGCAAUGAACACUAAAAAUAAAACCAGCAAGGACCCUUCAGGUCUCUACUGAACUCAACUUUAUUGCCAGUGUUCCAAGCCAAGACGCUGUUCUCUGCUUUUGGAAAUUAGAACAGCUAAGUGUUUUAUAAAGAAAUUCUGCUUUUGUUUCAUUUGUACUUCAAACAAUUAUCAUGCUGUUCGCUGUUUCUGAUGUUACAGGGUAAGACAUUGAGAAGAUUGGCUUGUUGAUACAAAAGCCAUUUAACCUUUGCCUUUUGCCACAAAUUUAUUUCAUAUAAAACUACGGGGCAUCAUUAAAAAAAAAAAAAAAUGAAAAGAAAAAAAAACUGUGAAAAGCUUAUAUGUUUCAUGAAAAAAUGUCUUACUAUUUUUCUGUAUGGAUGAACGGCAAGGUUAUGUGACUGGAGUGCUUGUAGC